GGCGGCGGCGGGGAAAAUGGCGUACCAGAGCCUCCGGUUGGAGUACCUGCAGAUCCCACCGGUCAGCCGCGCCUACACCACCGCCUGCGUCCUCACCACCGCCGCUGUGCAGUUGGAAUUGAUCACACCUUUUCAGUUGUACUUCAAUCCCGAAUUAAUCUUUAAACACUUUCAAAUAUGGAGGCUAAUCACCAAUUUCUUAUUUUUUGGGCCAGUUGGAUUCAAUUUUUUAUUUAACAUGAUUUUUCUAUAUCGUUACUGUCGAAUGCUAGAAGAAGGCUCUUUCCGAGGUCGGACAGCAGACUUUGUAUUUAUGUUCCUUUUUGGUGGAUUCUUAAUGACUCUUUUCGGUUUGUUUGUGAGCUUAGUUUUCUUGGGCCAGGCCUUUACAAUAAUGCUUGUCUACGUGUGGAGCCGAAGGAACCCGUAUGUCCGCAUGAACUUCUUCGGCCUUCUCAAUUUCCAGGCCCCCUUUCUACCCUGGGUGCUCAUGGGCUUUUCCUUGUUGUUGGGGAACUCAAUCAUUGUGGACCUCUUGGGUAUUGCAGUUGGACACAUAUAUUUUUUCUUGGAAGAUGUAUUUCCCAAUCAACCUGGUGGAAUAAGAAUUUUGAAAACACCAUCUAUUCUGAAGGCUAUUUUUGAUACACCAGAUGAAGAUCCAAAUUACAAUCCACUACCUGAAGAGCGGCCAGGAGGCUUUGCCUGGGGUGAGGGCCAGCGCCUCGGUGGCUAAAGUGGCAGUGCCAAUAACGAGACCCAGCUGGGAAGGACUCAGUGACAUACCCAUUGGGAUUCUUUUAUCCUUUGUGUUGCAAAAGUAUGGACACUUUUGACAGCUUGACAAGAUUUUGACUCCAGAAGCACUUUAUGAAAUGACACACUGAUUAAUCCAGAAGACAUUUCCAGCAGUUUGCCAGUGGUUCCUCACUACACUGGUACUGAAAGUGUAAUCUCUUGGAGCCAAACAACUGGAGAAACAAAUACCCUGCUGCCUCUAAGGAGCAAGUACCUGAGUACUUGAGUUCUGUGGUGACGGGCAGAGUUCUUCCUCUUCCUCCUCCUCUUUGAUAGACGAGGCCAUGGUGUAAAUGGAAGUUUCAGAGAGGACAAAAUAAAACUGAAUUCCAUCUCGCUCUCUCUCUCUCACUGAAUUAAAGCUUUUGUGUGUGAUCUUUUAAAUUAUCACCAUGUCUUCUAGCUCUCCUGCAUAGGUCUGCACUCAGAGCAGUUUACGUGCCCGCUCUUCCUGUGUCUUCACGGCUUUCGCCUGGAUUUCAUUUCAAGAUGGGAGAUACAUGGCUGAGACACCAUGGCUGUGUACACAACUUACUAACCCAGAAUGCCAGCUCCAGCGGGGAGAUUUGUUUCUGUUGUCCAGAUAGUUUGUUCUCCGUUUGGGUUUUACAAAACUUCAAGUUGUCAGACAGCGUGGUGGAGAAAAAGGGUAGGGUGGAUCAAGUAGCAGCAGGAGCUCUGUUGUAGAGAGUCAGGUAGGCGCGAAGCUAACGUACCGUCUCGUUUAUUUACUCUGCAUUUCUCUGCUCGGAAAUAUCCAGGGAAAGGCAGGUCGUGGCCACAUUUUUAGAAAACAACAGAAAGAUCUUCUUUACACCUGGGAGACAGGUUAGAAUGUUGACUCUAACUUGAGAUGAGCGGGUACCAGUUAGGCAGGGAUACAUUUCUCCUGGGUCUUUGGCUGGUGAACAUUUAUCAUUUGCUUCAUGAAAAGCCAAGAAGCUUUCAGAGACAAGUACCUGGUUUACCUUCCCAACCAGGUAGAAACCAGACAGGUCCACAGAAGUUGGCACUUAAAGCCAGUGGUUCAAUAAGUACUUAGCCAAGAUGUUCACUUCCUGGGGGCUCAGCAGGUUGACUAUCACACUGCCUAAGUAAUUCAGAGAACCGGGAGAAAUAGAAUGAAUACCCCCAGGAAAGAGAUUAAUUCAAAUCAUUCUAAUAAAUGGCAUGUAGGCCAGGGAACAUUUCCCAGAUAUUUCCAGCUUGGCUAAGUGGUUGCUUUCUAGAGUGUGAGAUGUCCCUCAGAAGGAUGAAUAUGAGGUUUAGAUUAAACAUAAUAAACGUCUUAAAUGGGAAUUUGCAGAUCAUUUGCGAAGUGAAAAGUAUUUUAAUAUCUUUAAAUGGAAUAUACAUAAGUAAUGGAAUUUAAUAUAAGUACUUUACAUGCUGCUAGUUAGUAACCUUGAUUGUUGCAAUUUUAUGGAACGUGGGUUAAUGGGACUGCUUUUUUUCCUGAGUGGCUUUAAAAAAAUCUUUAAAUGCCAAUCUUAGAAUGUAGAGUCCUUAUGGGAUUCUUAAAUUUUGUCUUUGUUCAAGAAAGCUUUUAAUUAGAAGGUUGGUUUUGUUUUGUUUUUCAUUGUUUUGGGGCUAGAAAUAGGUUUCUCUAGUUAAAUUUGUUCUCCCUUAGUUAACUGUGGUUAACUAAGGUUAACUAAUAUCUGUGGUGAAAUUUUAAUUCUAAAAUCUGUCCACUGAGUGUUCAUUUAAGUAGGGAAUGUCUAAACAUACUGAUGACUGGGUAAGACAGGAAACAUUUUGAGUUUAUGGCCUAAACGCAGUCAGUUAUGGGAUUUUGGUCUCUCCGAUUUUAUGAGAUGAAAAUUCCUAGUGGCAGGAUGCCAUGCUGUGCUACUACAUUGUGUCCUAUGCAGUUGGCAUUCCAAGCACUGACCUCUUAAUUUGAGUGGCCAGUCCCACUACCACCAUCCCUGGCCCGGUGUUGUACAUCCGGAUACUUUGGCUCACCUGGACGUAAGGAAAAGUCCUCACUUCUUCCCCAGUUUACCUCUCAAUCUUGGUUCUUCCAGAACACACUUCUUUUUCUUAAUGCAAGUCAACUGAAAAGCGAGAUUUCAUACAUGGAAUCUUGUGACCAAUUUUCCUGACAUACAUAGAAUUUAAAAGAUUCCUGAAUUCCACCAGUAAUGCUGAAAAGCACACCUAAGGCAUAGCUUUUUUGUUGUAGAAAUACAGUAUAUGUUCAUUAAAAAAAAAAAAAGGACAUGCAAAUUGCAUCUCCAUAGGAGAUAACACUUCAUACAUUUUGCUGUUUUUUUCCACUAUGGAUUUCUCUUUGUUUCUCUCUUCCACUUGUUCUUUCUCUGUGUCACUGUUGUAUGUCCUAGUAUCUUUCAUACCUCUUGUGUCGUCUCUAAGCAGAGACCACCCAAGUCCUGGAUUCUUGGUAACGAAACCCUCACUCUGUCUGUGGGGCCUAUGAAAUUAGGAAAUAUUGGCGCUAUUGGCUUGUUGGGUAAAGGGCUUCCUAGAAUUGCCAUCUGUCCUUCACAGCCUGCAUUUUAUAUUGUGGCUGUGUUUUCCUUUGACAGGUAACUCUGUGUUGCGAGUCAUGAUACUGCCGUUGUUUUCAGUGUUCUGUAGGCUGUCCCCUAAGCUACUUAUAUAUUUUACACGUUUGCAUUAAAUUUGUUGAACUUUGUAUAAUCAAGUCACUUCUCCGCUCAGAAAUGCACAGUAACUUCUUAGUAAGCCCCCAUAUCAAAUGCAUACGUUCUGUCUUCCUCUGAACGUUACUCCCACUUCUACCUAACAGGGACCUCAACUUAAUUCUCUUCAGUUCUUCAAGGCCUUGCCCCAUUCCUGGCUCCUCAAGAUACCUUGACUCUAGGGCCUAUUUCAUUGCCUGUGUUCUUUGAAUCCCUAUGACACUUUGAGUCUGUACAACAUACUCUUACAUCAAAUUACUGUAUUGUUCUUAGCUGGUACAUGUAAAUGAGUCUUGUCUCCUUCAUGAGAAUGUAAAAGCUCCUUAAGAGCAGGAACCAUGUCUUAAAUUUUUGUAUCCACCACAGUGCCUAGCAUAGUGCUUGGCACAUGGGUGCUGAAUAAAUACU